AUGGCCGAAAGCAGCGGGUUUCAGAUUGCCGCACCCUUGUCGUCAGGACUUGGGUAUGGCCUCCUCGUCGGCAUUGGGUCCGCCUUUGCCAUUGGCAUGUCGACACUGUCAUGGUUCCUCAGUCGAUAUAUGAACGAGAUUCAGGACUCGGAGAUGUUUAUGACAGCAAAACACUCCGUCCAGACCGGUCUUAUUGCCUCAGCUGUCGUGUCUUCAUGGACAAUCGCGACCACGCUUCUCGGAAGCACGACCUAUGGAUAUUCCUAUGGAAUCUCCGGUCCAUACUGGUAUGCUGCAGGUGCAUCUGUUCAAAUCCUGCUGUUUUCGGUAGCGGCCAUCGAACUCAAAAAGGGGGCUCCAAACGCACAAACAUUCCUACAAGUCGUCAAAGUGCGAUAUGGCACAGCGGCUCAUCUGGUAUUCUGCGCCUACUCCCAAGUCUAUCAGCUGAUAACGACUGUCAACUUGUUGGUGGGAGGAUCCGCUGCGUACUCUGCCAUGACCGGCGUCAAUCGCGAUGCUUCUUGCUUUCUCUUCCCAAUCGGGGUGGUGAUCUAUACGCUCGCUGGUGGGAUUAAAGCCACCUUCAUCACUGACUGGGUACAUACCGUGAUUAUUUACUUGAUCAUGUUGUACUCACUCUUCCGGAUCUAUGUCACCGCCGACGUUGUCGGAUCACCCGACCGAAUGUGGGAACUUCUCAAAGAAGCCGGACGGCUGCAUCCUAUCGAAGGCAAUGCCCAUGGAGAAUAUUUGACCAUGGGUUCAGAUGGCGGUGGCUACAUCGGUCUCGUUUUCAUCGGUGCAGGCUUCGCCGCCGCUGUUGAUAGCCAACUGUUCCAGAAAGCCAUCGCUGCCGACCCACGCAGUACCUCGAAAGGCUACAUCAUCGGUGGCUUGUCGUGGUUCACCAUUCCAUUUGUCCUGGCUAGCACUUAUGGUCUCACCGCCGCGGCGACGGAGCACUUGCCCAGUUUCCCUACCUACCCCAACCGCAUGAACGCGUACGAGAUCUCUUCAGGUAUGGCAAUGCCUUACGCAGCGUUAGCAGUCAACGGCAAAGGUGGUGUCAUCGCGAUCCUGCUCAUGGUAUUCAUGGCUGUGACAAGUGCCAUGUCGUCCGAGACUGUCGCCACCACAGCCCUCCUGACUUACAAUGUCUACCAAGCAUAUAUCAAUCCAAAGGCCAGCGGAAAGCAGCUGCUGUUUUUCUCUCAUUGUGUCACGGUCGGCUUCGCCAUUGUAGCGGCCGCGGUCGCGAUUGCCUUCAACCACGGUGGCUUCAGCGUCAGCUUCUUGAUCACCGCCAUCGGUAUCUUUGUCGACAGCGCGAUCAUACCGAUGGCCUGCACCAUCAUGUGGAGAAAGCAGUCGAGACUCGCUGUUAUCGUGUCGCCUUUGGCCAGCUCUGCCGCAGCCAUUCUGGCAUGGUUCCUGACUGCACACACGCACUUUGGCGAAAUUUCCAUCACCACUCUCAACCAAAACUUACCACUUGUGGCUGGCAAUAUGAUGGCGCUGACGGGACCCAUUGUUCUCACACCGCUCCUGACCUACAUCAAGCCGGACAACUUUGACUGGCAAGUGUUCAAGGACCAGAUCAAGCGCGGUGACGACGAACAUGUGACGGUGGACGGCCAUGUUGUCACAACGCAUGAUGCCGAGGCUCAAGCAGUUCUGGAUGAACGCAAACGACACGAAGAUGAAAACGAGAGGAUCUUGCUCGGGGCCCGAAACCGCUCCAUUGGCGUCAGCAUUGUGCUCACGCUGGUGCUCACACUCCUCUGGCCCAUACCGAUGUACGCGACAAACUAUAUCUUCAGCAAGCCGUUCUUCCGGGCUUGGGUUGCGGUUCUUUUCAUUGUCGCCUUCCUCGCCGCCGGAGCGAUUACACUUCUGCCGAUUUGGGAUGCAAGGAAAGUCAUGGCGCUUAUUGUCAAACGUUGGUUCAAGAAGGACGAAGUAUAUGCUGCAGAGGCUAUCAGCGAAGUCGUUACGAGCAGGGAUGCCAAGGGUGCGUCGGAAAAUACCACUCCGGCCCAAAAUAGUAUGGAGAAGAUAGAUGAGAAGUGA